GAGGAGGAGGAGGAGGACGCGGCGGAUUGCGACGGCGACGGCGACGGCGACGGCGAGGGCGAGGGCGGGGGAGGGGAGAUCUGCUGCGACCGAUCGCAGGUGGCGCUCGGCCGCGAGGUGAGGGCGCAGGUGGAGGUCCUCGAUCGCUGCCUCUCGUGGCGCUUUGCCGAUCGCGUCGCUGCGAAGCGCGCAACGCACGUCCUCGCCGAGCUUGCCAAGAACGAAGAGGUAGUGAAUGUCAUCGUGGAGGGAGGAGCAGUACCGGCGCUGGUGAGGCAUCUGCGAGAGCCGCUGCUGGCACCAAAUGAAGGAGAGGAACGGCCAUUUGAGCAUGAGGUGGAGAAGGGGAGCGCAUUUGCUCUCGGUCUUCUUGCCGUGAAGCCUGAACAUCAGCAACUUAUAGUUGAUGCUGGUGCUUUGCCUCUACUUGUGGAUCUCCUGAAAAGGCACAGAAAGGGUUCCAACUCUAGAGCAGUCAAUAGUGUUAUCCGGAGGGCAGCUGAUGCAAUAACUAAUCUUGCUCAUGAGAAUAGCAACAUCAAAACAUGUGUCAGAAUCGAAGGUGGGAUCCCACCUCUUGUUGAGUUGCUGGAAUCGACAGAUUUGAAGGUACAAAGGGCGGCUGCAGGGGCCUUGCGGACUUUGGCAUUUAAAAAUGAUGAAAACAAGAACCAGAUUGUGGGCUGCAGUGCUCUUCCGACAUUGAUUCUCAUGCUUCGAUCGGAAGAUGCUGCUAUUCAUUAUGAGGCGGUUGGAGUGAUUGGUAAUUUGGUUCAUUCAUCUCCAAAUAUCAAGAAAGAAGUUCUUUCUGCUGGUGCUUUACAACCUGUUAUUGGAUUGCUAAGCUCCUGUUGUACAGAGAGUCAAAGGGAGGCUGCCUUGUUGCUAGGCCAGUUUGCCUCAGCUGAUUCAGAUUGCAAGGUACACAUAGUACAAAGGGGUGCAGUCCGGCCGCUAAUUGAGAUGCUCCAGUCGCCAGACAUACAACUUAAGGAGAUGUCUGCUUUUGCUCUUGGGAGGCUGGCCCAGGAUGCACACAACCAAGCAGGUAUUGCUUAUAAUGGUGGUCUAGUGCCUUUGCUGAAGCUUCUUGACUCGAAAAAUGGAUCUUUACAGCAUAAUGCUGCAUUUGCUCUUUAUGGGAUUGCCGACAAUGAGGACAAUGUCUCUGACUUUAUAAAGGUGGGAGGCGUUCAGAAGUUACAAGAUGGCGAAUUCAUUGUUCAGGCAACAAAGGACUGUGUAGCUAAGACACUGAAAAGAUUAGAGGAAAAGAUUCAUGGACGAGUUUUGAAGCACUUGCUGUAUCUCAUGAGAGUAGGUGAAAAGGCUGUUCAACGUCGUGUUGCUUUGGCUCUUGCUCACCUUUGUUCCCCUGAUGAUCAAAAGACAAUAUUUAUUGAUAAUAAUGGGCUUGAGUUGCUUCUUGAUCUUCUGGGUUCUGCAAAUUUAAAACAGCAACAAGAUGGUUCUGCAGCCCUUUACAAGUUGGCUAACAAAGCCAUGUCACUUUCUCCCAUAGAUGCAGCUCCUCCAUCUCCUACACAGCAGGUGUAUCUUGGUGAACAAUUUGUUAACAGUACUACACUUUCGGAUGUCACCUUUCUAGUAGAAGGCAAGCGGUUUUAUGCUCACAGAAUAGCUUUGCUUGCAUCUUCAGAAACAUUUCGUGCAAUGUUUGAUGGUGGAUAUAGGGAAAAGGAUGCUAGAGAUAUUGAGAUUCCAAACAUACGAUGGGAGGUGUUUGAAUUGAUGAUGAGAUUCAUAUAUACAGGGUCAGUUGAGGUAACUACUGAUAUUGCUCAGGAACUGCUUAGAGCAGCUGAUCAGUAUCUUCUGGAGGGCCUUAAACGCCUAUGUGAAUAUGCCAUUGCACAGGAUGUAAACCUGGAGAAUAUCUCCGUCAUGUAUGAAUUGUCGGAGGCUUUUAAUGCCAUGUCAUUGAGACAUACAUGCAUCUUGUUCAUCCUGGAGCAGUUCGACAGGAUAUGCACUCAACCUGGUUAUUUUCAUUUGAUCCAGCGCAUCAUUCCUGAAAUCCGUAGCUAUUUUGGCAAAGCUCUUCAGCCAAACCAAGGGAAUCCAAAGUAGAUGAAUUCACUUAUACUAACAUCAGCUAACAAAUGCUGCUGCUGAGGGUUGUAUAGUAAGCUUUUUCAGGAUUUUACCAAUUAGUAUCUAAACUUUUCUGUGGCAACACCGAAUUCUUGUGGGUAUUGGGUGAAAAAGUAGCUUGUUACCUGUUACCGGUGUAAUGAUGGUUUCAACUAAUGACAAAAAUUUCAUCAUUUGGAUGCUAAUGUGUUGUAUUUCUGGUGGAUUUUGUUA